AUGGUAGCGACAGAUUAUCAAGACAUCGCGGUGGAGGUUUCUGGACAGAUCGGAAUCGUAAAGUUCAAUCGGCCGGACUUCUUGAACGCUUUCGGCGGCCGACUACUCCCAGAAACGAUAAAUGCCUUUCGUGAGCUAAACGAGGAUCCGGACACGGUAUUUACCGUUUUGACUGGGGAGGGCAGAUUUUUUUCUGCAGGCUGGGAUAUGAGAAAUGACAACAGUUUUCCAUUUGGUCCUUUCAAAACAGAUGCAGAUGCCAAGAUCGCGCACUCAAAUCACCUGUUUCCAUGCCUCGAAUUAGUUCGCACAAUCAUCGACCAUAGCAAGAUUUUCGUCUUAGCUUUCAACGGCCCUGCGGUGGGCGGCGGUGCAGCCUGGUUCCUCGGACUGGCAGACACGAUUCUAGCAGCAGACUCCUGUCACCUACAGGCGCCUUUCUCUUCGCUUGCGCUCGUGCCCGAGAACGGCUCCAUCCGCACGCUAUCACACAGCCUUGGCAUCCAUCGUGCCAAUGACAUUCUCAUUUACGGCAAAAGAGUCACAGCUCAGCAGCUGCACACCUGGGGCACAGUCAGCGAGUUAUUUCCAACAACGGGUUUCCUUUCGCAUGUCAAACUUUUUUUGGAAAAGCAGCUGGACGACAACGACGCUAAGAGCAUGAUGGUUGCCAAGAAACUACAGGCAACGGCGCUGCGCAACGAGAGGCUGCUAGCUGCGUACGACGCUAUGGAUGCGUUAAACGAAAGACUCGUUGAAGGUGCGCCACCAGCGAGAUUUAUAAAGAAAAUUCAAGAACUUCAGGGCAUAGAAGAAAGAGAAACAGUCGAAGCUCUGAAAGAAGAUUCUUCCCUCGACUGGGCACGCGUUGACGAGCCUCGUAGUUCAGUUACAGAGUUACAGUGCCUCACUAAAAAAUGGAGAAGAUAG